AUGCCGAUGCCGAUGCCGACGCCGACGCCGACGCCGUGUCCGCCGCACUGCGUCGCGGAAAGCGGCGAAUCGGGGUCGAGAAGACCAUGGGCGCAGACGACGGGGCGACAUGGAAGUGACAAUGGCCAAGUUUAUGACGGCGCAAGUAAUAUGUAUGGUGAGUUUAAUGGUUUGCAAGCUAAAAUUAUGAGUGAGAACAAUUCAGCAUAUUAUAUACAUUGUUUUGCUCAUAAACUCAACCUGGUUGUUGUGGCUAUUACAAAAAAGAUAUUCGACGUAGGAGAUUUCUUUGGUAUGGUUUCAGUUUUGCUGAAUGUCGUGGGAGCAUCUUGCAAGAGAAAAGACCAACUUCGUGAGCAUCAUCAAGAAGAAGUGAGGAAAGCAAUUGGUUGUGGAGAGAUCUCUACAGGAACGGGACUAAAUCAAGAACUAUCACUUCAGAGACCAGGUGGCACUCGAUGGAACUCCCAUUAUAAAACAUUGUUGGGUUUGUCAAAGAUGUUCUCGUCGGUGGUUAAAGUUCUAGAAUAUGUUGAGAAAGAUGGCAUAGAUACUGGAAAGAGGCGUCAAGCUAGAGGUUUUCUCAAAUAUUUCCAGACUUUUGAUUCUGCAUUUUUCUUACAUAUGAUGAUGAUGAUAUUAGCUUUAACAAAUGGACUGUCAAAAACCUUACAGAGAAAGGAUAAAGACAUUGUAAAUGCUAUUUCAGAUGUGGAAUCGACUAAACGGGAGUUAGAAAAGCUCAGAACCAAUGAAGGGUGGGAUUCUCUUAUGAGGAAGGUAUAUUGUUUCUGUGAGAAACAUGACAUUCCAGUACUGGACAUGGAAGAUGCCUAUGUUAACCUAAAGAAGCCAAGACAAAAGACCGGUAUUAACAAUGAACAUUAUUACUGCGUUGACUGUUUCUUUGCUGUUCUGGAUUUUUUAGGAGAAGAGUUUAAUGACAGAUUUAAUGAGGUAAAUUCUGAGUUGCUUCUAUGCAUGUCUGCUUUGAGCCCAAGUGAUUUAUUUUGUCGUUUUGACAAGGCGAAGUUGCUAAAAUUAGCUAAGCAUUAUCCUGAUGACUUUAAUCACAAAGAUAUGGUGACUCUUGAGCAUGAACUUGGUCUCUACAUAGAUAAUAUACUCCAUGAUACAAGGUUUUCUAGCUUGGAAAAAAUAGGUGAUCUAGCUAAGGGCCAAACUGGCCCUAAAUUGAUGGUGGAUACAAGGAAGCACCUCUCCUAUCCUUUGGUAUAUCGGCUUUUGAAGCUAGCUUUGACUCUUCCUGUUGCCACUUCCACUGUUGAGAGAUGUUUUUCAGCUAUGAAGAUUGUGAAGAAUGCUUUGCGUAACAAAAUUGGUGAUGAUUAUUUGAGCCAUAGCCUAAUUUGCUUUGUGGAAAAGGGACUGCUGGACGAAAUUACUAAUGAAGUGAUUGUUGAUUGUUUUCAUAAGAUGAAAGAUCGUCGUGGGAAGAACGAAAUAUAA